GAGCAAAAUCUGAAAAAGUUCAAAUCUGACCUACAGUUUUACAGCUCAACUCAUACAAAAGGAAAACAUGACAAUAAAGGUGUUUGUUGUCACCUGAAAGGGGGAGGAGCCUAAGGUGCUUCCAGAUGCUUAAAGUGUUUGAACCAGCACAGCUGCUCAGUGGCGAAUCCAUCGACCCGAAGGUUUCCUGCACUUUCAUCCCACGGGUGGUUUUCAUCAGAGCAACAUCUGAGUGGUCUCCUAAAAAACUUCAAGAAAUCCCCCAGGCCUGUGGCCGUCAUGGCGGUCUGGGUCGGGACUUGGUUGCCGUGUGUGUGAACGAUGUUUCGGCUCACGGCGCCGAGCCGCUCUUCUUCCUGGACUACUUCUCUUGCGGCAGUCUGGAUGUAGAAGUUGCCGCCUCCGUCGGCGGCGGCGUCGCCAAGGCGUGUGAGGCGGCCGGCUGCGCCCUGCUGGGCGGUGAAACGGCAGAGAUGCCCGGUGUUUAUGCUGCCGGAGAGUACGACCUGGCCGGGUUCUGUGUCGGCGCGGCGGAGCGGGGCGCCUUGUUGCCACGGCUACGGGACAUCUCGGAGGGAGACGUGCUGAUCGGCGUGGCUUCCUCUGGGAUUCACAGCAACGGCUUCAGUCUGGUCCGUAAAGUUCUGGAGAGAAGCAAACUGAGUUUGAGCUCUGCUGCUCCGUUUGGGAACCAGGACCAGACUGUCGGCGAGGUGUUGCUGACUCCUACUAAGAUCUACAGCCGCCUGCUGCUGCCCGUCCUGCGCAGCGGGGCGGUUAAAGCCUACGCUCACAUCACCGGUGGGGGGCUUCUGGAGAACCUGCCCCGGGUUCUGCCCCAGGGUCUGGCAGCAGAGUUGGAUGCGUCCCAGUGGAGGAUUCCGGCUGUUUUCUCUUGGCUCUAUGAAGAAGGAUCUCUGAGUGAGGAGGAGACGAGCAGAACCUUCAACUGUGGGCUCGGUGCGGUUCUGGUGGUCGGUCCGGCCGAUGCUCAGAAGGUUCUGUCUCAGCUGCAGGUCCAUGAUGAAGCCUGGGUGGUGGGCUCUCUUGUUCCUAAGCAACCAGAUGUUUCUUCUGUGGUGGUUUUCAACCUGAAGCAGAGCUUGAUGAAUGCUGGGACUGUGGAAGUAAAGGAACAUGGUUUCCAUGGAAAUCAAAUCACAGCACCCAAGAAGAGCAGAGUAGCAGUUCUCAUCUCUGGUACAGGUACUUCAGUCUGCAGGCCCUGAUUGAUCAGGCUAAAGCUCCAUGCAGCUCAGCAGAGAUCGUGUUGGUGGUUUCAAACAGACCUGGAGCUCAGGGUCUGAAGAGAGCAGCGCUGGCCGGCAUCCAGACCAGGGUUGUGGAUCACAAGCUGUAUGGCAGCAGAGCUGAGUUUGAUGCCACCAUUGACCUUCUCCUUAAAGAGUUUGGAGUGGAACUGGUCUGCCUUGCUGGUUUCAUGAGGUCCUGACUGGGAUCUUUGUGAAAAAAUGGCAUGGGAGGCUCCUCAACAUUCAUCCCUCCCUGCUGCCUUCAUUCAAAGGGGUCAAUGCCCAGCAACAGGCUCUCCAGGCCAGAGUGCUGAUAACUGGGUGCACCGUCCACUUUGUAGCUGUAAGUGUUGCGCUAACACAUAUAAAGCUCAUCAAAUAAAUCCACACAAUAAAAGUUCUUCUGUUCUUCUAGGAAGAGGUUGAUGCAGGCGCCGUCGUGGUCCAGGAAGCCGUUCCGGUGUUGGUUGGAGACACAGAGGAAAGUCUGUCGGCCAGAAUCAGGGAGGCCGAGCACAAAGCGUUCCCUAAAGCUCUGGAGCUGGUGGCCAG